CGAACCCCUUGACAAAGUAGGGUUUUUGGUUAGAGAGAUUCUAGGGAUGGUGUGCGCCUUGCGCCCCGGCUCAAGAUCCAGCUCCGCGACGAAUGCAGCGUGAGCAUGGAUUUGGCGGACGGCCUGGGCGGUGAGGUCAUCCCUUGUGCGGCCGACGAGGAGGUGUCCGUGUGCUACCAGUGCGGGCAGCUCUGUGAGAACAACUUCACAUACUGCCACUCGUGCUUCGAGCAGCGCUCGCAGAGCGAUUUUCGCAAUGAGCAGCGCUGGAGGAACACGGAGAGCAGCCUCCAGAGUGCCGAGCUAGUCCUCCAGCGGGAGCGAGCCAACAUCCGGCGGCUCGAGGCCACGGUCUCGGCUUUCCGAGCGAUGCUACUCCAGGCCAUUCAUCCCGACGUGACCAUCGAAACUGGCGAUGGUGAUACCACUCCGGCACACCGAGCAGUCCUGGCGAGUCGAUCCCCGGUUUUCAAUGCCAUGUUUGAGCACGAGCUCAAAGAGAAGACUUGUGCUGUUAUCCGCGUCGCUGAUGUUCCCACGCCAGCCAUGCGCGCUUUGCUUCUCUACUUGUACACAGGGGAGCAUGACACCAAAGUUAUGAAGGAUCACGGGAUGGCCUUGUUGGCCGCGGCUCACAAGUACGACAUCCCGGACCUCAAGAAGAUCUGCGAGACGGCCGUCUCGGUUCAUGCUUCCAACGCGCUCGAGGUGCUGCAAAACGCGCGGCUCUACGAUGCCAACCAUUUGAAGCGCGUGUGCAUCGAGUGCAUUGCCAGGAACAUCAAGCAGCUCGCGUUUGCGGACGAGUUCCGGCAGCUCGUGUUCAAGAACGAAGAUCCAGAGGCCGUCUUGGAUAUCAUCCAGACACUUGCACAUUCGUGCUGAAAGAAAAACGAUCCUGGAAGUUCUGGAGUAAUUCUAGUGUUAGUCAACUAGAAGUAGAAGCAUCAAGCUGUGAUGUAGCAGCCAUAGAAGUGCCAAUUCCAAAUGAUUGUGGGCAACCCUAAACUCUAUGUGGCAUAGCCAAUAUCAUCCUUCAUCACCAUUGGACGAAGCUAAAAGUAAGUAGAUUUCUUUUA